GACACCGCCCUCCUCGCCGCCGAGAGAUAGCUUAACGCAAAUCAUCACUCUUCUGAGCUGAGAGUUUAGCGCUAAUCGGGUAACGAAGGAUCUGAAACUUGAGAAGACUGAGAACAUUAUUACGAGAAAUCCAACGGCGCUGGUUAUAAUGGUGCCCGCAUGACCGUUGUUGCGGAUUCUGCGAUUUUACUGUGCUUUUUGUUUUAACGUGACAUCAACAAGAUGGUUCGAUUCACGCCAUGGGGAGUCUUAAUGAUAGUUAUAAUGUUUAUACACCAAACCUUCGCUCGUGAUAUCAUGGAAUCCAUGAAUUAUUCUGGCGACGAAGGUCGGGAUAACAGUGAUGCGCGUGACAAAGAAGCAACGCAUCGUUACGUUAACAAUAUAUUUAGAUAUGUUGAUUAUGAGAAGCUGAAGGAACAAGGUGCAAGACUUCAAAGUAAUCACCAAAGCCUAAACUCUACCUUCGCUACACUUAAAGAAUAUUUAGAAAUAGUGAGAAAUACGAGAAAAGAAAUAAGCACCGAUGGGACCGAUCACAGUGACCUAAGGAAACUCUCUGAGCUGAUGUCCCAGACCAACCUUCAUCUUUUUGGCAAGAACUGGGAUGAAGACCAGAACAUCAGCGGCCGCACGCUUGACCAGUGUGGAGGCAGCUCAGCACUAGGCAUCUUCAACUUCCUGACCUUCAUCGUGUACGCCUUCUCGCUCCUGGCGUCGCUGGUGGCGGUGGCGACGGGGAACAUGGCCAACACCCUCUCGGGGACCUUCCUCUCGGGACUCCUCAACCUCCUGGGAAACGGGGGCGGAAGGAGGUCCAUUAGGAGCGCCUGGAAGGAUGGAAAGUCGCAGGAUCUUAAGGAGCUGCACAGGGCCUUGGAGCAUGAUCUGGGCUCGGGACUCGUCGCCGCCCUCCUGCAGCUGUCGGGGGGCUCGGAGGGCGCCGCCUCCUGCCUGCCUCCGAUCGCCCACUUGGCUUCGGUCUCCACGAGGGGCGCGCUGGCGAGAAUCAGCGGCGUUCAGUGAAAAUAGAUUAAGCUGAAUUCCGGAAAAUAAUGUGAAUAGAUUAAUUUUAAUAAAAGUGUACAUAGUUCGAUUUUUUCCUUCAAAUUUCAUAAUUCAGCAGAUUUCUAAGGUAUUCUUUUUCUGCGUUUCAACAUGAGGAGAACUCAAAGCAUA